AUGUAUAAAAAGACGAGGGUUGCGCAAAAUAGAAUGUCUACAUCUAAAAACAUUGACACCGGCAAACGCACGGGAAGAAAGAAGCAUAUUUCCUAUGCUGCACUGAUAUCCCAGGCGCUUCUCAACAGCGCAAAUAAUAGACUAACACUCAAGGAAAUAUACCAUUUUAUCUCUACAAACUAUCCUGAGUACACAAUGCACAAGCAGGGGUGGCAGAACAGCAUACGCCACAAUUUAUCGCUCAACAAGGCCUUCUACAAGGAACCUAAGGUUAAGGGCACGCCCGGAAAAGGCUCGUACUGGUCGAUCGAUCUCAAGGAGGCAGAGGCUAUUCUUGACAAGUCAGACAGGUCAAUCAGAACGGCAUCGCGCAUACGACGCGGCUACGGACACACAAACAACUGUCUCAACCGGAAGAGAAGCCCGUUCUUGGAGGAUAUCCGUAUAUCAGACGACAAGAAAAAAAGAGCACACAAAACGAUUAUUUUUAAUGGAGACUUGAAUCCUUAUAACGAGAGCCUUGAGGCAUUUUUUGGUCUUCCCAAUCACCGCGAUAAUGAGGAGGGCGAGGAUGGUGGAAGAGAUAGGACCGACUGGCAGAAUUACUGCGGAGUAAACUCCUAUUUUAAAUUCUAAUAAAAGACCUAGAUAAACAGCAACAG